CCCCAACCUUUCCGCCGCGCAUGCGCACGGGGCGGCACGGCCGUAUCACGCAUCCAAAAUGGCGGCCGCGAUGGACGUGGACACCCCCAGCGGCACCAACAGCGGCGCGGGCAAGAAGCGCUUCGAAGUGAAGAAAUGGAAUGCAGUAGCUCUCUGGGCAUGGGACAUUGUGGUUGAUAACUGUGCCAUUUGCAGAAACCAUAUUAUGGAUCUAUGCAUAGAAUGUCAAGCAAACCAAGCAUCAGCUACCUCUGAAGAGUGCACAGUUGCAUGGGGCGUCUGCAAUCAUGCUUUCCACUUCCACUGCAUCUCUCGCUGGCUCAAAACUCGCCAAGUAUGUCCGCUGGACAACAGGGAAUGGGAGUUCCAAAAGUACGGACACUAGAGAUGGUCGUCACGCUUCUUAUGUCAUCAUCCUCAGUUGUUCGUGUCCCUGUGGGUUUGUCUUAGCAACUUGAAAAAUCAGUAAUGUAUGCCAUUUAACCUUAAUUUCUCCCUGUUGUAUACCAUUGAAUAAAAUCUUGCUGGAGCCUCCCGUCUAA